ACACAUAUCCCUAGACCAUUUUUUUUUUUGUUUUGAUAUCCCUAGACCAUUUUGCCUUAGCAUACCCAAUUGGUUUGUCUUCUCUGUUAUCUCUAUCUUCACUUUUUUUUUUUUUUUUUUCUUUUCUAGCACUUUGUCUGGAGCUCUUUCUUCACUUUUUUUUUUUUUUUUUUUUCUUCUCAAGCCCUUCGUCUACUUUAGAGCAUUCAAGAAGCUCUCUCUUUCUUCUCUCUCUCACACACAAACAAAUUCUCUCUCAUACACACAUAGAUCACCAGCAGAGAAGUGAAGAUCGGCGUUCUACAGAUCUAUUCCUUGAUUCAAUGGCUUCAAGUUCGUCAUCUUUCCCAAGUUCCUCUGUUUCCUCUACCAGCAAAUGGACGUAUGAUGUUUUCCUGAGUUUCAGCGGUGAGGACACCCGCAAUACUGCUACGGACUUUAUAUAUUAUGCUUUAGAAGAGAAGGGCAUUAAAACUUUCAAGGACGAUCGAAAUCUUGAGAGAGGGAAAACUAUUAAACCAGAACUCCUCAAAGCGAUAAAAGAAUCCAAAUUUGCCGUGGUCAUUCUCUCAAAAAAUUAUGCAUCUUCCACUUGGUGCUUAGAUGAACUUGUUGAGAUCAUUGACUGCGAGGAAAAAAAGGAAAUAUCAGUUUUGCCUAUUUUUUACAAUGUGGAUCCAUCUGAUGUGCGAAAACAAAUAGGAACUUUUGCACAUGUCUUUGAUGAACAUGAAAAACAAUUCAAGGAGAAGUUGGAAACAUGGAAAGCUGCUUUGAGUCAGGUGGCCAAUAUUGCCGGAUAUCAUGUAAAGAAUAGUCCUCUCUCUGAAGCUGUCAAAAGCAUUGUGGGAGUAAUAUCACGAAAAUUGAGUGGUGAAUUCUCAGAAGCUACUGAGGGCUUGGUUGGAAUGGAAUCUCCAAUGUUGGAAUUGGAGUCAUGUUUAGCUUUUAAUUUAAAGGAUGAAGUUCGCUUUAUAGGGAUAUGGGCGAUGGGGGGAAUGGGGAAGACAACCCUCGCCGAAGUUGCCUAUAAGAUGUUUUCUAAAGAAUUUGAAGGUGGUUGUUGUUUUAUUCAUAAUGUUAGGGAAAAAUAUGAAAAAGAAGGUGAACUUUCACUACAAAAAGAUCUUAUUUCUCAAAUAUUUAAUGACACAAAUUUGAAUAUAAAAAAUAAAUGUGAAGGAGAGCAAAUGAUCAAGAGUAGGUUAUGUGGUAGAAGGAUUCUUCUUAUUCUUGAUGAUGUAUAUGAUUCAAACCAGUUACAAAAAUUAGCUGGGAAGCGUGAAUGGUUUGGUCGGUGUAGUAGAAUUAUCAUAACAACAAGAGAUAAACAGUUGUUACGGGAUUUAGGAGACCAAAUAUAUGAAGUUAAAUUAUUGAAAUAUGAAGAUGCACUUUGUCUUUUUUCUUCAAAAGCUUUUAAUAAAAAACAUGCCCCUAGUGAAUAUUUAAAACCGUCCCAAGCCAUUUUAGAAUAUGUUAAUGGUGUUCCUUUAGCUCUUGACAUUUUGGGAUCUUUUUUGUCUGGAAGAAGUUUGCAUGAAUGGGAAGAAGCGAUAAAGAGGCUCAAAGAAGAGCCUAAUGAAAAAGUUAAUCAAGCACUAAAAAUAAGUUAUGAUGGACUCCAAGCGUCAGAGAAGGAAAUAUUCUUAGAUAUUGCAUGCUUCUUUAAUCAUGAGGUGAAAGCUCCUGUGGAACAAAUACUAGAAAUUCUUGGCCGCCGUCCCCGUAUUGGAUUAGAAAUUCUCAUUGAGAAAUCUCUCUUGAAAAUUUCCGGAAAUAGUAAAUUGUGGAUGCACGAUUUACUAAGAGAUAUGGGUAGGGAUAUUGUUCGUCAAAAAUCUCGUCAUGAGCCUGGGGAGUGGAGUAGAUUGUGGCUUUAUGAGGACAUUGAUCGUGUGUUAAGAAACAAUACGGGAACAAAAGAAGUUCAAGCCAUGGAUAUCAGUGGAGCAGAGGCAUGUGGGCGAGGUUUCACAUUUUCAAAAAAUCAAAAAAGGCCACAAUGGAAAUCCACUGCCUUUUCAAAGUUGUCCAAUCUUAAAUUUUUAAGAGUUCAUAAUGUUUUCCCUCAACCCGUCCCAGGACAUCUUCCUAAUUCUUUAAUACAUCUUGAGUGGAGUGGUUAUUCUGCAAAAUCGUUACCAUGUUUUCAGCCAAAUGAGCUUGUUCAACUUCAUUUGCAGAAUAGCAAAAUUGAAUUUCUUUGGGAGGGAGUGAAGAAUUUUGACAGGUUAAAGUCCAUCAAUAUGGCUGGCUCCUCGAACUUGAUUAAAGCCCCCAACUUUAAAGGAGUUCCAAAUCUUGAGGAAUUAGUUCUUGAAGGGUGUUCAAAGUUACGCACGCUUGACCCAUCCAUUGGAAAAUUGAAAAACCUUAAACUUCUUAAUCUAAAGAAGUGCCAAAAACUAACUAGUCUUCCAAACAAGAUUGAAUGGAAAUCUCUUGUGACUCUUAAUUUUAUUGGUUGUUCCAAAGUCAAGAAAAUUCCAGAAUUUGUGGGAAACAUGACACACUUACAGGAACUUAUAUUGCUAGGCACUGCUAUUACAAAAUUACCUUCAUCAGUUAAAUGUUUGACUGGCCUUACUUUAUUGGAUCUAACAUAUUGUAAAAAGUUUGAGUUUCUGCCAAGCACCAUUUGUAGCUUGAAGUCACUAGAAAAAAUUUUUCUUCUUGGAUGCUCAAAAUUUGACAAAUUGCCGAAGGACUUCGGGAAUAUCACAAGUCUAACGUACCUUAAUUUCAGUGGGACAGCCAUAAAGGAGCUGCCUUCAUCAAUUGAAUUUUUGAAUGGCCUUAAAGUAUUGGCUCUAAAAGAUUGCAAAAAGUUUGUGCGUCUUCCAAGUACCGUUUGUAGUUUGAAGUCACUAGAGGCAAUGUAUCUUUCUAGAUGCCCAAAAUUUGUCAACUUGCCAGAGGACCUUGGGAAUCUUGAACUUCUGAGUAGACUCUGUUUAAAAGGAACAGCAAUAGAAGUAUUGCCAUCAUCUGUUGGACAUUUGGCUGCCCUUGUGAUUUUAAACCUAAAAUAUUGCAAAAAUCUUGUGCGUCUUCCAAGCACCAUUUGUAAUUUGAAGAGGCUAGAUAAUUUUAAGCUUGCUGGAUGCUCAAAAAUUACCAACUUGCCAGAGAACCUGGGGAAUAUGGAAAGCCUACGAGUGUUUUCCUUGGAUGGAACUGCUAUAAAAGAGUUACCUCCCUCCACCAUUCACCUUGAAGCGCCUCUGUCUAGUUUAUCUUUCAAGGGAUGUCAAUUGUCAUCAUCUUCAUUGACAUCUAUCCCAAGAGCUCGCUAUUUAUAUCUCAAUGACUGCAACCUUUCGGCAAUUCCAAGUGGAAUUGACCGCAACCUUUCAAUUUCACCCUACUUUUGCGGAAUGAGUUUAUAUCUAAGUGGAAAUGAUUUCGUUUCCCUUCCUGAAAGCAUCUCUCAAGUCCCUAAACUAGAAAGUCUUUACUUGGAUGGUUGCAAAAGCCUUCGAUCAUUAUCAAAUUUUCAGAUUCCGUCAACAGUUGAAUUUUUAUGCGUUGACAAUUGUACCUCACUGGAGAGAUUGCCAGAAGGCCCAGAACCAUUACAUGACGGCUGGAAAACUAAUUUCACUGUCCAGUGUUUCAACUGCUUCAAAUUGGCUGAAAAUUUUGAAAACAUCAGUAACAUGUUUCAGGGACAUAGAAGUCAUCAAUUUGAGAUAUGUUGUAUUAUUCCUGGAAGGGAAAUUCCGAAAUGGUUUGAAAAAUGUGAUACUUCAGUUGACUAUGAGAAUUAUAAAAGAAAUACAGUGAAGAUACAAUUGCCUGGGUCUGGGUCAGGGUGUGAUGAGUGGAGGGGAAUUGUUUUGUGCGUUGGUUUUUUACCCAUCGAGCGUCAACCUAGAUACCGAUACCGACUGGGUGAUGGUAGAUACUAUCCGCACCAUGGGAUUGUAGUGUAUUGUGAGAAUUGUUCCCCCUACUGUACUUAUCCUGAGUUUUCGUCAGUAUAUGGUGAAGUUGAAUCGCAUCACCUUUGGCUGCACAGUAUGUCCAAGAACGAGUUCCGCCUUCCCAAAACUCCUGGCCGCUCUAUUGAUAAGAAGGGAUACCAUCAAGUUGUGCUUGUAAUAGAGAGCUGGGGCUUGGAGGUGGAGAAAAUUGGGUUUCGUGUGGUAUAAAAGCAGGACAUUGAAGAUCCCAAUUGAGAUGUGAAAUGGAGUAUGAUGACACUCUCUUCAGUUGGUGAUGAAAUCUAGGGUUUGAAGAUCCCAAUCAAAAUAAGCGAAAGCCCAUGAUGAGGGUGAUGGGGAAUUCUUUUCGUCACUUCUUUUACCUGCUUAUCAGAGAAUUUGACAAACAAGCCAAGGAUUUGGAGAUUAGAAAUGAUCCAGAUGCUAACAAGAUGCUGAAUGAUAAAAAAAAAAAAGUCAAUGAUCAAAGAGUUGAAUUCGCAAUUUGCUACAGGAAUGGAGAAUAUAAGAGACACAAUCCCUUUCCCUCAAACGCCUGGUUCAGCUGAAUUUUAAUGGUGAAGUUGUGCAUUUCUUUUUUUGUUCUCUUAUUGUAGUCAACCACAGCAUGGUUUUUUUACCCGUCCUGCUCCUCAUCUCCUUAAGUAAGUUCAAUUUGAAUCACCUUCUCUGUUUAACACUUAUGUGCAUCAUUAUUUCCUUCUCAUUCUUCUCUAUUUCCUUAUAGAAGGUUAUAGGUGGAAUUGCAUCUUGUAUUUCUAAAGCGUACUAGUUUUUUUAGCUUUGCCUUGAACAUCACUUGCACUAGUUUACAUCAAGGCAUGAACAAAUUAUGGAAUGUUUGUUUUGAAGUGUGAUCAUUAUUUCCUAUCAUUCUUCUCUAUUUCCUUGUAGAAGGUUAUAUCGGACUUGUAUCCUGUAUGUCUAAAAUAUACUAGUCUUUUUAGCUCUGCCUUGAGUAUCACUUGCACUGUUUUCUAUCAAGACCUGAACAAAUUAUGUAAUGUUUUUAACUAACUCAUAUCUCCUGAGUGUAAGAAAACAUAAAGUAGUUUUACUGUUCAAAAAAGUAUGGAAUCAUCGCAAAAGAAAAAUAAAUUCGGUAUCUCCUUGUUUGUGGUAGACUGUUCAACUGGAACAGAAACUGCAGCUGCACUCAAGGAUUGGGUGUGUAAUUUGUCAGCUUUUAAAAAAAAUGGAUUUCACGGCAGUUUAAUAUUUCACAUUGAAUUAAAAACUGUCUCUCUGUCUCUCUCUCUCCCCUACUGUUUCUCUCUUGUUUCGUUUAAUCGUUCAAAAAAUUUCAUUGCCAUGGAAACUAAAGAAAUCAAUUAUAUUUAUGUUUAGACUGAACAAAUGAGUCGGGCUGUUAAGUGUUAAUGAGCUGGACUAUCCAUUUCUCGAUCAAGAAAGCUUCUCAACUUGUGAAGGAACUUGGUAGGCAGGUUGCAACUGAUAGGUGUAUUAUGGCAUUACUCUUCCUUAUUAUUGCCGUUGGAGUCAUAGCCGUCAUUAUUGUAAAGUUCGUGAACCCAAACAACAAGGACAUCAGGGAUAUUCCAGGAUUAGCCCCACCCGCAAUGGGUUGGAAAUUAGUUUGGAGUGCUAGUUAAAAAUUUAGAAAAGGAUCAUCUAAUGAGAUUGCAAUGAUUGAUUUUCCAUCUCAUGGAUGGAACAUCAGCGAAGUUCGUGAUGCUGCUGGUGACACCUGUUUUAUAGAGCUGGUCUAGACUUUAGUUGAGUAUUGAUUUCUUUCAAGUAAUUUUUCUGUAGAUUGGUCAACCAUUCCCGAAUGUUAGUCUCUCAAACUACUGCUGGGAUUCAUUCGCUCCAAUUGGAAGUGGUCUUGUGUGAUUAUUUCUUCCCCGACUGAAAAAUCAUUCCUAUUUGAGUGAAACUGAAAAAUGUGUAGAUUGUGUUGUUUAACACCAUGAUUUGCUACACUUAUAAAAUAUUUGAUCUGCACUUCAUAAUAUAUUUAUGGAAAUUUUUGUUAUUCACUGUUUA